AUGGAUUCUAACCCUAAUACUUGGAUUCCGGUAUUUCUUCCUCCAAAUAUUCUUAGUCAUCAAAAUACAAUUUUAAAUGCGACACCUAUUAGUGUCGUUUAUCCGGACCAAGAUCAUGCUGCUCGUUAUUCUGUUGCUCGUCAUUAUUCUGAUGCUCGUCAUUAUUCUGUUGCUCCUCAUCAUUUUGGUGCUUCUAAUCAUUUGGUUGCUCCUCAUCAUUCUGCUGUUCCUCACCAUUUUGAUGCUCUGCAUCCUUCUGCUGCCCCUCAUCACUCUGCUGCUCUGCAUAUUUCUGCUCCUCCUCAUCAUUCUGCUAUUUCGCAUCAUUCUAACCCCAAUACUUGGACUCCAGCAUUUAUUCCUCCAAAUAUUUUUGGUAAUCAACACACAAUUUUGAAUCCGACUCCUAUUCGUGUCAUGUAUCCUGACCAAGAUCUUGUUGCUCAUCAUUAUUCUGCUGCUCCUCAUCAUUCUGCUACUACUCAUCAUCUUGUUGCUCCUGAUCAUUUCACUGCUCCUAAUCAUUUUGAUGCUCCUCAUCAUUCUGAUACGAUUUCUGUGUUAUCAACAGAAGACGAUGAUGAAAGUGAUGAUGGUCGUACACAUAGUAUACCAUGUGAAAAAAAUGGUCCAUAUACAUGUCCUAAAUGCAAUUGUGUGUUUAAUACUUCUCAAAAAUUUGCUGCACAUAUGUUAUCUCACUACAAGAGUGAGACAAACGAAGAAAAAGAUCGGAGACUUCGUGCAAGAAACAGAAAAAAAUAUCGUAAGUUCAUGGCGAGUCUCAGAAGGCCAAAAGAGAAGAUGGAAUUGGUAGCUAUAGAAUAA